AUGAAGUUCUUCGCCAUCGCCGCUCUCUUUGCCGCCGCCGCCGUCGCCCAGCCUCUCGAGGUUCUCGAGGACCGCAGCGGCAGUGGCUCCGUUUGCAACCCGGGCCUCUUCAGCAACCCCCAGUGCUGUGCCACGCAGGUCCUCGGCCUCAUUGGCCUCGACUGCAAAGUCCCCUCCCAGUCGGUUUACGACGGCACCGACUUCCGCAAUGUCUGCGCCAAGACUGGCUCCCAGCCUCUCUGCUGCGUUGCCCCUCUUGCCGGCCAAGCUCUUCUGUGCCAGCCCCCCGUUGGUGGUGCUUAA